UAUCCUAUCGCCAUUUUGGAUUUUACUUGAGUAGCGACAUUAUUCCGCAAGAUGCUUCGUUGUGUUGCCCGCCGGUUUAUGUCUCCCUCCAUAAGAGGCGCUACCUCGAUGCUGGGUGUUACGUCCCGAAAGAUGAGCAGCAAACCCAAAGAAUCAGAUGAGGCAUUUGACAACCGAUGGCACGCUUAUUUUUCAAGACCAGACCUUGAUGCUUGGGAGUUGCGUAAAGGACUGAAUGAGAUCUAUGGACAUGACUUGGUUCCAGAACCCAGGAUCAUUAUUGCAAUGCUUCAUGCCUGCCGUCGUCUUAAUGACUUUCCCAUGACUGUCAGGAUUUUAGAAGCCGUUAAUGACAAGGGUGCAGGAAACAGUGAAAUAUAUAACUACAUUCUGAGUGAAAUCAAGCCUACCAUGGAAGAACUGGGACUUUCCACCCCGGAAGAGCUUGGCUUGGUUAAAUGAUGCCAAUUACAAGAUCUUGUGGUUCAAGUGGUGCCAGAUACAUGUCUCGGCUUUGAUGAGAAGGUUUUGGACUGGAUUACCUCAUAUUAUUGUGUUAUAAAAUUUUGACAUGACAUUAAACUUGGCUAUGUAAUUUUAACAUUUUUGCAUCACUUAAUGGCUCAAAACUUUUUUUCUUAAAUAGGGUGUGAUGUAAACUGCUACAUAUAGUGUAUGUAGAUCAAAUGUCCAAUUGAACAACGUGCUCAUUAAAGUGAUUGUGAAAGAUA